CGGAGCUGGGCGGUCGGGCGAGGGGCGCGGGACGGUGAGCGCGACGCGGGUGCACGGGUGCCACGUGGUAAGUGACGAGUGACCAUGCCACCUAGGACGUGACAGGCCGUGGCUCCUGCCCAACCAUCCUGGAGAGGCUGUGGUCUAAGCAUGGAACCCGGGGAGGCACCACCGCCGUUCAUGGCUCCUGCAGAAAAUGACGUGAAAUAUGACACUAACAACAACGAGGAGGAAGAAGGGGAACAAUUUGACUUUGAGAGUGGAGACGAAGCCCCAGAGGCGGAUCGCCAGGCCCUGGCCUGUGAAGGAGGAGGCACAGCCCCAGGCCUUUCCAGCUCGUCCCUGGAGGGGGGUGACAAGGAAUGUGGAACAGGAGCCUUGGCAGGGGUGGAGCCUGCUGAGCUGACAGUCCCGGUGAAGGUGAACCCGUACUCCAUCAUCGACAUCACGCCCUUGCAAGAGGACGCACUGCCACCCCCAGAGCCGCCCACCGAGGAGGAUGGUGUAGCGGGGCCUGUACCCAGCGGGUACUUGGUGCCUGCUCCCUGUGGCUACGCUGUCCCCUCCAGCCUGCCUGCACUGCUGCCUGCCUACUCCAGCCCUGUCAUCAUCCGCAUGGAGUCGGUGGAUGAGGAAGCAGAAGCACCGGAAGUUGCAGAGGACCACCAGCUCAACUCCCCGAGCGCCGCGGACCCUCCGCACAGUGGUGAUCAAAGUAGCAGGGAAGGCAACGCCCUGGCCCGGUGGGCAGCAGACCCAGCCAACACAGCGUGGAUGGACAAUCCAGAAGAAGCCAUUUAUGACGAUGUCCCCAGGGAGAACUCAGACUCGGAGCCAGAUGAAAUGGUUUAUGAUGAUGUUGAGAAUGGAGAGCAAGGAGGAAACAGCUCUGUGGAAUACGGGUGGAGCUCAAGUGAGUUCGAGAGCUACGAGGAACAGAGUGACUCGGAAUGCAGGAAUGGUGUCCCCAGGUCCUUCCUGCGUGGCAGCCACAAGAAGCAGCUCUCUCAUGAUCUAACCCGCUUAAAGGCGCACUGUGAGGAAAAGAUGAGAGGCUUGGUGGCCAGCGCGGUGGGAGCUGUGGAGGUGCAGCAGCUAAGGCGCAGGCAGGAGCGGAAGAUGCAGAAACUCAUGAAGGCCGCUAAGGAGGGCACCAAGGACGGGCUGGAGCGAACCAAAGCCGCCGUGAAGAGGGGCCGCUCCUUCAUCAGGACCAAGUCCUUCAUCCCCCAAGACCACAGGUCUGGCUUGGAGGAGGAGCAGAGCCUGUUCGUGGAUGUGGACUGCAGGCACACGGAGGCCGUGCUGACGCCGAUGCCCGAGGGGCUGUCCCCGCAGCAGGUGGUGAGAAGAUGUAUUCUGGGCUCCAUCGUUGAAAGUGAGAAGAACUAUGUUGAUGCUCUCAGGAGGAUUCUGGAGCAAUACGAGAAGCCGCUGUCUGAGCUGGAGCCUCGGGUCCUGAGCGAGAGGAAGCUGAAGGCCGUGUUCUACCGCGUCAAGGAGAUUGCGCAGUGCCACUCGCUGUUCCAGAUGGCGCUGGCCAGCCGCGUGGCCGAGUGGGACACCGUGGAGACCAUCGGCGAUGUCUUCGUGGCUUCGUUUUCCAAGUCCAUGGUGCUGGACGCCUACAGCGAAUACGUGAACAACUUCAGUACCGCUGUGGCUGUCCUCAAAAAAACAUGUGCCACGAAGCCCGCUUUCCUCGAGUUUUUGAAGCAGAGCCGAGAGGCUGGUCCCGACCGCGUCACGCUCCACAGCCUGAUGAUGAGACCGAUCCAGCGGUUCCCGCAGUUCAUCCUCCUGCUGCAGGACAUGCUGAAGAACACAUCCAGAGGACACCCCGACAGGCUGCCCCUUCAGAUGGCGCUGACAGAGCUGGAAACCUUGGCAGAGAAGUUAAAUGAGAGAAAAAGAGAUGCAGAUCGGCGCUGUGAAAUCAGACACAUCGCAAAAGCUGUAAAUGAGAGAUACCUGAACAAGCUCCUCAGCAGCGGGAGCCGCUACCUCCUCCGCUCUGACGACAUGAUCGAGACCGUGUACAACGACAGGGGGGAGGUCGCCAAGACCAAGGGGCGCAGGCUGUUCCUGCUGAAUGACGUGCUCGUGUGUGCCACUGUCAGCUCCCGCCCCUCACAGGAGAGCCACUCGGGAGCUGGCCAGCGGUACCUGCUCAAAUGGAGCGUUCCCCUGGGCCAUGUGGAAGUGAUUGAGUACGGCAGUGGCCCCAGUGUAGGGGAGCACAGCCGGCACCCCACGGCGCACGCACCAGAGAGCCUGGCUGUGUCUGCUAACGUCAAGCCACACAAAGCUUACCUGGGGCCUGGGCAGCUGUACCAAGACCUGCAGAACCUGCUGCAUGACUUGAACGUCGUCGGCCAGAUUGCUCAGCUGAUCGGGAGCCUCAGAGGGAACUACCAGAACUUGAACCAGUCAGUGGCCCAUGACUGGACCUCGGGCUUACAGAGACUGAUUUUGAAGAAAGAGGAUGAAAUCAGAGCUGCCGACCGCUGCAGAAUCCAGCUACAGCUUCCUGGGAAGCAGGACAAGUCAGGACGACCUACUUUCUUCACAGCCGUGUUCAAUACGUUCACUCCCGCCAUCAAAGAGGCCUGGACCAGCCACCUGCAGAUGGCCAAGCUUGCGCUGGAGGAGGACAACCAUCUGGGCUGGUUCUGCGUGGACGAUGACGGGAAUCAGACCAAGAAGGACACACACCCUCUCCUGGUGGGACACAUGCCCGUGAUGGUGGCCAGACAGCCAGAGUUCAAGAUCGAGUGUGCAGCCUACAACCCCGAGCCUUGCCUCAGCAGCGAAGGGCACCCGGGUGCGCUUUCCUCGGCGGUGCGCGGCUUCCUGUGGAUCGGGAGCUGCAGCAGCCAGAUGGGUCAGAUCGCCAUCGUCUCCUUCCAAAAUUCCAACCCCAAAGUCAUCGAGUGCUUCAACGUGGAGUCGCGCAUCCUGUGCAUGGUGCACAUUCCCGCCCAGGAGCAGCGCUGGGAGCCCUGCGUGGCCUCGGAUGCCACGGCCACCCGUGCUCCCGAUGUGCCCACCAUCUGCCUGGGCACAGAGGAGGGAAGCAUUUCCAUUUACAAAAGCAGCCAAGGCUCAAAGAAAGUGAGGCUGCAGCACUUCUUCGCCCCCGAGAGGUCCGCCGUCCUGAGCCUGGCAUGCUCGCUGCACGGCCUGCACGCCGGCCUGGUCAACGGCUCAGUGGCCAGCUACACCAGGGCCACAGAUGGAUCCUGGAAUGAAGAGCCUCACAAAGUGAUAAAGUUAGGCGUGCUUCCGGUCAGAAGCCUGCUGGUGGCGGAGGAUGCCCUGUGGGCAGCGUGCGGAGGCCAGGUGUCCACCAUCAGCACCGAGACGCACACGGCCGAGGGCCAGCUGGAGGCACACCAGGAGGAGGGGAUGGUCAUCUCCCACAUGGCCGUGGCCGGUGUUGGGCUUUGGCUUGCCUUUACUACGGGGUCCACUCUCCGCCUCUUCCACACGGAGACGCUGAAGCACCUGCAGGAUGUCAACAUUGCUGCGCCUGUGCACAGCAUGCUGCCAGGCCACCAACGGCUGUCCGUGACCAGUCUGCUCGUCUGCCACGGCCUGCUGAUGGUCGGCACCAGCCUGGGGGUUGUCGUGGCUCUGCCAGUCCCCCGUCUGCAGGGCAUCCCCAAGGUGACCGGAAGAGGCAUGGUCUCCUACCAUGCACACAAUGGCCCGGUCAAGUUCAUUGUCUUGGCCACCACGCCUGCCAAGGACCAGGACAAGCCCAGAGACAGCCCGCCUCCCGGCCCUGAGCUCCCGGUCGAAGAACGAAAGGACAUGCCCUCUGGGGACGGGUCCACCUUGGCUCCCAGCCAGGGAGACACCAACACAGCUGUUUGGCUGGGUGCCUGGCCAGGGCCUGGGCCUCAGAAGAGCGGCCUGCCCCCACUGGGGUCACCGAGCUUGUCCCUCGGCUCCAGCUCACUGGAGCAUGGGUCUGAGGACAGCAGCAUCUGUGACCUCCUGAGAGACCCUGCUGCCCCCACGAGGAGCAGGGCACGGCCAGCUCGCAGGGCCAAGGCCAGCUCGGCGCUGGUGGUGUGCGGGGGCCAGGGCCACCGGCAUGUGCACAGGAAAGCGCGGCCGCCCCCCGAGGAGCUGGUGUCCUCUGUGAUGGUCUGGCAGAUUCCACUGCUGAGUGCGUAGCAGGUGUCGCGUCUGCAGCGCCCUAGGGAGGCGCUGUGCGGUGCACGCCGGGCAGCCCCCUGCCGGCCUCCCUGUCCACACUGCAGCACGCGGCCCGAGGAGUUCGGAGCCCACAUGUCCGGUUUCGUGACAGUGCAGUGCUCUCCGUGAAAAGCCCAUUGUCUCCGCCUCCACCUGUACUGGUGCCUGCACACCUGGAGAAUCUGGGGGAUGCAGCGUUGCUAUGACCGUGUGGUUCUCUGAAGCUCCAGGGUCCCCAGCCACCCUGUCGAGAGCCAGGCCACAGGCACCUGACUGUCGAGGUGUCCACUUGGGGCAGCGCUGUCCCUGUGUGUGCUGUGUAUGCUAACAAAGCACUGUUUUUCUAUUGCAUUUUCCUACUAAAAGCUAGCAGCCGCCUUUCAGUCACUAGAGUAUGUCUGGGUCACUCACACACAACCUGUGCUCUGAACCACCUGGCUCAGUACCUGUCAGCACUGACCCCAGUGGCCCGGCCACUGAGUGCUUCCCGCCCCACCGUGUGGGGGCCUCUCAGCAGGGGCAGUGCAUCGGUGUAGCCCCCACUUCCGUGGGCCUGGAGUGGGGUCCACUCUGACCCUCCGUGGAGACCAGCCUGGAACAGACCUCCCCAGAGUGUUGGCCCUGCGGACGCCCCGAGGAACACGCUGGCCUGCAUGCCGUGGGCACAGGGCUGCCUCGUGCAAGGAGGCUCCAUUGCACUGCCCUGGAGCUUCUUCAUCAUGUGUGCAUCCCGGGUGGUUGGGAGGAAAGAAGGCUGAAGUCGAGCUUCACAGGAUGUCUCAGCACUUUACAGAUGACGGAGGUUCUAGUAUGUGACUUAGCCAGCGUUUGCCGAGUUGUGUGUACUUCUGAGCUUCCUUAAACUGUCAGCUGCUCCCUGAUUGCAAAAAUAAAGUCAUUUUAUUUAAAAAGACAGUAUUACAGGUUGUGAUUUCCUGUGCAGAAGGCCCAGCGGGGCAGGAACAGCCGAGAAAGAGCCAGAGUGGCAGCGGAAGAAGCAGACCUUCCACCGCCCACAGCUCGAGCCAGCCCUGAGCUGGCCCAAGAGAAUAUUACCACCAGCGGCCUGCUGA